AUGUUCUCGGGCCGGUGGUGGCCAAGUAUCUGGGGAAAUCUAGGACUGAGUCUACAAAGCCCUGCUCAGGGACCCCAGCUCUGUGCCCUCUACCCUUUCACUUAUACUGGGACAGAUGGCCGGCAGGUGUCUCUGGCUGAAGGUGACAGGUUCCUACUGCUUCGAAAGACCAACUCAGACUGGUGGCUGGCAAGGCGCCUGGGAGCACCCCCGGGCUCUCGGCCCAUCUUUGUUCCAGCUGCAUACAUGACAGAGGAAUCAAUCUCCUGCCACAACCCAGCAGAUACUACCCACAACAGCUCCCUCUGGACUCCUGGAACAAAGCUGCAUCGUGGCUCCCUGGAGGAGCUCUACCUGUCCCGGGAACCCCAGGUUGCUUCUGGGGAGCCUCCUCACCAUCUCCACAAAAUAUGCAAAAGCAUCAGCAUGGUCAAUGUGAAGCCCUUCAAGGAAGAGCCAAGAGAAAGGUCUCUCUCCCAGGACUGCUGGAUGACAGAAGCCAGUGCUGCUGUGAAACCUGGCUCCAUGGAGCAGACAGAGACUUUAAUUAGGGACAGCCGUGCCCUGCAACCUCAGGAAUGGCUUGAUCCACAGGGUUUACCAAGCCUCAGCCAAAGCAUCCCAUGGCUUGAUCUCUCUGAGCCCGGAGCCUUGAGGCCUUGUUCAGCUCUGCCACAGCUCCUGGAUGACCCCCACGUGAGUCCUCCCUGAGGAAAGAUCAGGCCUGCUCAACAUGACCAAGAUUGCUCAAGGAGGGCGCAAACUCAGGAAGAACUGGGGCCCUGCAUGGGUGGUGUUAACUGGUAACAGCCUUGUGUUCUACCGAGAGCGGCCACCGCAGUCUGCACCCUCCCAAGGCUGGGCGCCGGCUGGGAGCCGGCCGGAGAGUAGCGUGGACCUGCGCGGGGCAGCCCUGGCCAGCGGGCGCCAGCUGUCCAGCCGCCGGAACGUCCUGCACAUCCGAACGGUCCCGGGCCAUGAGUUCCUGCUACAGUCGGACGAGGAGACGGAGCUGCGAGCCUGGCACCGCGCGCUGCGGGCGGUCAUCGAGCGGCUGGAUCGGGAGAACCCCUUGGAGCUGCGACUGUCGGGCUCCGGACCCGCCGAGCUGGCGGAGCUGAGCGCUGGGGAGGAUGACGAAUUGGAGUCGGAACCAGUGUCCAAGUCCCUGAUGCGGCUUGGCAGCCGCAGAACUUCCAGUCGGUGUGCAGAGGGCACUGACCAGAAGAACCGCGUUCGGAACAAGUUAAAGCGGCUAAUCGCCAAGAGACCAACCUUGCAAAGCCUUCAGGAGCGGGGCCUGUUCCGAGACCAGGUUUUUGGCUGCCAGUUGGAGUCGCUGUGCCAACGGGAAGGGGACACCGUGCCCAGCUUUGUCCGGCUUUGUGUUGAGGCUGUGGAUAAAAAAGGUCUAGAUGUGGACGGCAUUUACCGGGUGAGCGGGAACCUGGCAGUGGUCCAGAAACUCCGCUUUCUGGUAGACAGAGAACGGGCAGUGACCUCCGAUGGGAGAUACAUGUUCCCAGAACAGCCAGGACAAGAAGGCAAAUUAGAUUUAGACAGUGCCGAAUGGGAUGAUAUUCACGUGGUCACCGGAGCCUUGAAGCUUUUUUUCCGGGAGCUGCCGCAGCCUCUGGUGCCCGCGAUGUUGCUGCCCCACUUUCGGGAUGCCCUCGAACUUUCUGAGCCAGAACAGUGCCUCUCUAAAAUACAGAAAUUAAUAGACUCGUUGCCGAGGCCCAACCGUGACACUCUGCAGUACAUCCUGGAGCAUCUGUGCAGGGUGAUAGCACACUCCGAUAAGAACCGAAUGACCGCCCACAACCUGGGAAUUGUGUUUGGACCAACGCUGUUUCGACCUGAGCAGGAGGCCUCAGACAUGGCAGCCCAUGUGUUCUACCCUGGGCAGUUGAUCCAGCUGAUGCUCAACAACUUUGCUAGCCUCUUCACCUGAGUCAGGCUAGCCUCUUCACCUGAGUCGGGCGAGGAAGAGGAAGGCGCUUCCUGCGACUUGUCAGCUAGCCUUUGGAGGGGGCCAGCGGGUUUUCUGUUCUGAAGGUGUCCUGUGAAUGUCCUCCCAAAAGACACUCUUCAUUUACUGCUGGAGUCUCUCUUGAGCUCCUGGCUGAGAGGGGUUGCUGAAGAGGAAGAGGUAGGAACCCACUUCUGCUCUCCCUGAUGUGACACAUGAUGCUUGCUCUGGGCAUUCCUUUAUCUCAGCAUUCCUUUUAUUGUCAGGAAACUGUGUCAUUAUUAAAGAUUUUUUUUUUCCUGGAA